UUGACGUUACUUUCCUAAAUAAUAUAACUAAAUAUUAAACACUGAUUUGACAUGACUUGAACUCUGCCAAAAGAGUCAAUUUGACCAAGUACCUUGAAAAGUCAUAAUAUAAAUUUUAUGACUUAUCAGAUAUAGUCAUGGUGAAUGUAAAACUGUCCAGUAAUCCAAUUAUCAAGUGGUCUUAGUGCACAAAGCAAGGGGGCUAAGUAACAUGGAGCUUUAGAGGCAGAAGCCAUAGAAAACAGCCAGAUCUGAAUGGGUCUGACGGAAGCCUUUAUAAAUGGUUUAGGCAGUGGGUGUUAUGAAUGCCAUGUUAAUCUGAGUACCGACAAUGUUAUUGACAACAGACACAGUUUUAUAACAUGGCUCCUUGGAGUGGCAAUCUUGAUGGGACAUUCGUGGGAUGAACUCGGAUAUCCAGAUGAAUAUCUGUAGCUAAGGUUUCAACUGACAUGACACAUAAAGCCAAGUGAGGAACAGAGCAUCAACUUAAUAUCACGAGAAUGAAACUACAAUAAAUACAUCUUUGCACAUUCCAUUUGAUCUAAUAAACUUAAAAGGAAAAACAAUGGCCAGUUCUCUGAAAGAAAAUAAUCCUGAUAUCAUUGAUGACGAUAUCCAACGACGAGUCCAGGCAUUGUUAAGCAGCAAACAAUCACACGACAAUGGCAUCCAGGCAUCAUCCAUAUACGAGGAAGAUAUAGAUGACCUUGAGGUGACCUUGAAGAAAGUUCUCCAAGCUGAGAGGAAUCACUGGAAGGAGAAGCUCCAGAGUUCAAUGCAGGAGAUUGACAAGCAGCACAAAGUGAUUCUGUCAGCACAGUCAGAAUUACAAGCUCUUGCUGAUGAGGUUGGGGUGGUACCUCACAAUGAUGUAGAGGAUGACUAUAAUAGCUGGGGCAGUUCAAAGGAUCUUGUAAAAUGUCUCCAAGACUAUAUUCACAAACUCCAAGAAUCCAAGACGGAGACACCAAGAGAUCCACAGCCAUCUGUGGUUGAUCUAAAACUUAAAAGCACCAUAAGCUCUCUGAAGAAGGAAAAGACUGAACAUUUAGCCACCAUUACAUCUCAGAGCAACCAAAUCCGUUGGCUUCAGACUGAGCUGAAUUCAUACAAACAUAAAGUUCACAAAUACAGGAAAAUUGUGAAAAAUUAUAAUGAACAGACUUCCUCACAUUUUCAUCUUGAUGAUAUAGAAACUUCCAAGAAAUUUCCUAAUCAGCAGAUUGAGAAACAAGGAGGGGAGAGGGUAUAUGUUGAAGGGGAACAACUGACAUAUCCUAAUCCGAAUGAUGAGAUUGCAUCAUGGACACAAAGGUCCAAUCAGAAAGGAAAGGAUGCACUUCGAGGGAGUCCUCGAGCUGGUAUUAGUCAGUGUCUGAGAUGUCAGAAACUGUUUAAGCCGAAUGAGAACACCAAGUUGGCAUGUCGCUUUCACAAGAAGGGUCGUGAGAUCAAGGAACAGUACGAUGACUCUGGUAGACUCUGCAGGGUUGUAUAUAAGUGGGCAUGUUGUAAGAAGGUCCUGGACUCACCAGGAUGUUCUUAUGGAUUCCAUGUCUAGAGAAAGAUCUGCUGUACCUUUACCGGAUGAGGAUGAGGAUGAGGAUAAUGCCUUAUUACCGUGAGAAUGUUCUUGAUAUAAAGAAUCUCACAACUUAAUUUGGGCUGUAGAAUUAUGUUGAUGGGCUCAUAGUGAUCUAGUGAUUUAAAUGACCCACCUCAGCUUCUCAAGAGAACACAGGACAACAAACAGGAUGAUAAAUAUGAGCUAAUUACUAUGCAUUCCAUGUCUAAGAUUUCCGGUGGCACAACUCUAAAGCGUUUGGUUCUUCAGGUUGUUUUAUUUUGGAUGUCUUUUAUGCUCAUGAAAUUCAGUUUUCAACACACAAGAAAAUAACAUGAUGCCCAAUCAACACUGAUAAUCUGCUGUAUAAAUACUGUGUGGUCACUGGCAUGACAUUCACUUGUAUGUGAUAGCCUCUCAAUCAAAUCCAAAGGUACCCAUGAGUUUAAACAUGGAGGCAUAAUAUAACCACAUGGAAGCGAUCAUAAAGUAUAUAUGGUAUGCAUUCUGGAAUAAAAAGGGGAUUUCAAGAAUUUCUUUUGUGGAGUGAUGAGCCAUAAAAGGUACACUUUGAAAACCUUCCACUGUUCAAUAAACAUUUCUGGAUGCCACAGGCAUUGCAGCAACCAAAUUCUGCUUUAAGGAGAUAUACCAGUGAUUAAUGUGUUUUCAGUUUUCACUGUUAAGAAACAAAGAUUGCAAAUGUUGUAUUGAUGUAAAGAUAAUAAAAAUGAAAUUUCAA